AUUGACUCUUGGUGCAAAGAGAAUAGCUACGUGAUUGCUGGAUAUUACCAGGCAAAUGAACGCGUGAAAGAUGCCAGUCCAAACCAGGUUGCGGAAAAGGUGGCCUCCAGAAUUGCAGAGGGCUUUAACGAUACAGCGCUCAUAAUGGUUGAUAACACAAAGUUUACGAUGGAAUGCGUAGAGCCUGCAAUUCAUGUGUAUGAGCUUCAUGAGAACAAGUGGAGGUGCAAGGACCCGCAUGUUGAUUUUUGUGAAGAUUGGACCGAAGCCCAGAGAAUCGCCGCAUCUCUCUUGGACAGCAAGUCCUACGAGACACUUGUAGAUUUUGAUAAUCACCUGGAUGAUAUCCGGAACGACUGGACGAACCCAGAGAUCAACAAAGCUGUCCUCCACCUGUGUUAGAAGGGUUUCUACUGACUAAUUUACGGGCAUUCCCACUAUGUACUGAAGAAAGAAAAAUGCUAUUUUUGAAUGUAAAUAGAAUAAUAUUCAGUACCUUGUGUGGAAACCUGACUGAUUAAAAAGGAGUGGCAUGUCACAUUGUGGAGUGAUGUGUCCAUAAGCCACUGAAUCUUUUUUUGUGAGAUUCCUUGGAAGAACUGCAAAC